AUGUCUCUGAUCCAGAGUUGGCUGAGGAAAUGCGAGAUUGACCACAACUGUGGUAUCAAGGAUCGACCCUCCUCUAUGCCAUCGUUUCUCCUGGAUGUUUCCUGCAAACAAAAGGUCAAGCUGGUUUCAGUCACCCAAGACAUGAGGGAGCGAUACAUUGCGCUGUCGUACUGCUGGGGAGUCGGUAUACAGAAGACGAUGCUGAAAAUCGGCAACAAGAACGAUCUCAUGUCUGGACUAGAGCUACAUCACUUCGACCCUACGAUCCAGGACGCUAUGAAAGUUACCAGGGAACUCAACUUCCAGUUUUUGUGGAUUGAUGCCCUCUGCAUCAUACAAGACGAUUACGACUUCAAAGCUAAAGAGCUGGGGAAAAUGGGAAACAUUUACCAGUGUGCUACGUUCACAAUCAUUGCCUCGGCAGCCAAAGACGUGAAGCAAGGAUUUUUAAGGGAUCGGCAUGCGACUAUUGGACCGGCAAGAGAUAUGACGGCGCCUCAGCCCAUAUUCAAAAUCAAGGCAUACGGAAAGCGUGGGAAGCACUAUGUCCAAGUCCCAAUUCUUCUCACGCCGUACCACUUCGACUACCCCGAGCCGUGGAACUCUUGUUCUCAAGACGUCGCCUUCAGUAUCUGA